AGAUAAAAUUAGCAGUUUUCCCUUCACUGGUAGUGUGAUUUUCAAAUCAUCUGUAAGUUGGUACGAGAUGAGCGGAAUGAUACGACUUCCAACGGUGCUAGCCAAGAACGCGCUUUCCGCGGUUCGAGGCCUGACUGCUGGUACGUCACAACGCAACUUGCAUUUCACCGUUGGACAGAAUACUGCCAAAUCGAACCCAGAUGCCAUUUCGCGAGAGUAUCCUGUCGUUGAUCAUACCUACGAUGCAGUAGUGGUUGGUGCUGGCGGAGCUGGUCUCCGUGCCGCGUUUGGGCUGGUAGCGGAAGGGUUUAAGACGGCCGUGAUCACAAAGCUGUUCCCUACGCGUUCUCACACCGUGGCCGCACAGGGUGGUAUCAAUGCCGCGCUGGGAAACAUGGAAGAGGACGACUGGAAAUGGCACAUGUAUGAUACGGUGAAGGGUUCCGAUUGGUUGGGCGACCAGGAUGCCAUCCACUAUAUGACCCGUGAAGCACCGAAGGCCGUUAUCGAGCUAGAGAACUAUGGAAUGCCGUUCUCCCGUACGCCUGAUGGCAAGAUCUACCAGCGUGCGUUCGGAGGGCAGAGUUUGAAGUAUGGCAAAGGAGGCCAGGCGCAUCGUUGCUGUUGCGUGGCGGAUCGUACCGGUCAUUCGCUGCUGCACACACUAUACGGUCAGUCAUUAAGCUACGACUGCAACUAUUUCAUCGAAUAUUUUGCAAUGGAUUUGCUUAUGCAGAAUGGGGAGUGUGUUGGUGUGAUUGCGAUGAACCUGGAGGACGGUAGCAUCCAUCGUUUCCGGGCGAAGAACACAGUGCUGGCCACCGGUGGUUACGGUCGUGCGUACUUCUCUUGCACCUCGGCCCAUACAUGCACUGGAGACGGCACGGCAAUGGUGGCUCGAGCCGGUUUACCGUCGGAAGAUUUAGAAUUUGUGCAGUUUCAUCCGACGGGCAUCUACGGUGCCGGUUGUUUGAUUACCGAAGGAUGCCGCGGAGAGGGUGGCUAUCUAAUCAAUUCACAGGGCGAACGGUUCAUGGAGCGCUACGCACCGGUGGCGAAGGAUUUGGCAUCGCGUGACGUCGUGUCACGUUCGAUGACAAUUGAAAUUCGCGAAGGCCGCGGAUGUGGCCCAGAGAAGGAUCACGUUUACCUGCAGCUGCAUCAUCUGCCCCCGGAGCAGUUGGCUCAGCGACUGCCCGGUAUUUCGGAGACGGCGAUGAUUUUUGCCGGUGUUGAUGUAACCCGUGAACCCAUUCCCGUACUGCCGACCGUGCAUUAUAAUAUGGGUGGCGUGCCGACAAAUUAUAAGGGCCAGGUGCUGACCACAGAGAAUGGUGCGGAUCGAAUCGUACCAGGACUGUACGCUUGCGGUGAAUCCGCAUGUUCUUCGGUGCAUGGUGCUAAUCGUCUCGGUGCUAAUUCGCUCCUGGAUCUGGUGGUGUUUGGUCGUGCUUGCGCUAAAACGAUCGCUCAGGAAAAUCGCCCAGGCGAGAAGGUCCAGGAACUGAAGCCAAACGCGGGCGAAGCAUCGGUGGCCAAUUUGGAUUGGGUGCGUAACGCAGAUGGACAGCUGCCGACGUCGACACUGCGUUUGAAUAUGCAGAAGACUAUGCAAACUCAUGCUGCCGUUUUCCGUGAGGAGAAAACGCUACAGGAAGGUGUGCGUAAGAUGAGCGACAUCUACAAAACCAUCAAGGACGUGAAAGUAUCGGAUCGCUCGCUUGUGUGGAACUCGGAUCUAGUGGAAACGUUGGAGCUGCAGAAUUUGUUGCUUAACGCCAACAUGACAAUUGUGGCCGCUGAAAACCGUAAAGAAUCCCGAGGUGCUCAUGCCCGUGAAGAUUACAAGCAGCGUAUCGAUGAAUAUGACUUCAGCAAACCUCUCGAAGGACAGCAGAAGAAACCAGUAGAAGAACACUGGCGCAAGCACACGCUGACGUGGAUCGAUCCAGCCACCGGGAACGUAACCAUCGAUUACCGUCCGGUCAUUGACGAAACGCUCAGCGAGGAGUGUGCCACAGUGCCGCCAGCAAUUCGGUCCUACUAAGCAAAAUAACAACAACAAUCGAACGAUGUUUGCUGCUGUGUGAUCUAUUUUGGGGAGUGUAACGCUUCAACGACGAAGAAAAAAAAUAAGUUCUACGUCAUCAUCCUCACGCUGUUGCAUCUUUUUUGACCGUUAGCGAGAAGCGUAUGAGAUGCUUGCAGCUUGGCUCGGCUAUAAAAAGUAUUAUUAACAGCAUACAGUUCAGGUCACACCCCAUCACAGUAUAUUUAUUGCAUCUUGAUUGUCGACACAGCGCAGGAAUGUGUAAGAAAAGAAAAAAGAAAGCUAAUACCACACAACGACACAUAAAUAAAGAAAGUUUGAGCACAGAAGGAUAUGGAAAACAAACGAACAACUGUAUUCCUGGAAAUGGUUCCAACUAACGUCGAUCCUUGCCUUGUGCCUGUAACAUAAUAGAUGGUGAAUCAAUUUCGCUCAAAAUUGUGUUAAACCUGCCAUUGUUCCAAAUAUCUAACAUCUAUAUCUUGCAAGUUAGUAAGAAGCAACCCAGUGAGCGAUUUGCAAACGAUGAGUAACUUGGCGCAAUUCUGCAAAAGGGAAAAUCAACAAACAAAAAGAAACGCAGUGAGAAAACUUAAAGCAAUUCGAUAUAUUUAUUUAGAUUUUUUUCGUUAUUGUAGGAAACCAAAAACCAAAAGCAAAAACCUCAAAUUCUUAAUUGGUGUACUUCAUUAGAUUUAGUAAAUGCAACGAUGCAACAAAAACAAACAGAAAAAAAACCUAUUGCAUUGGAAGUCGAAAAUGAACCAAAUGAUCGAUAAUAAACCUU